ACAACAGUUGCUUCAACAACUGCAGCACCAACAACUACAGAAACAACAGUUACUUUGACAACUGCUGAACAAACAACUACACUUGUUUCAACAACAACAGCUGAACUUACUACAACUACUCCAACAACUGAACAAACAACAGUUGCUUCAACAACUCCUGAACCAACAACUACACUAGUUCCAACAACAACAGCUGAACCUACUACAACUAUUGUACCAACAACAACUCCAGAAACAACAGUUGGUUCAACAACUGUUGCACCUACAACAGCUGAAACUACAACAAUUGCCUUGACAACUGCUGAACCAAUAACAACUGAACAAACAACAGUUGCUUUAACAACUCCUGAACCAACAACAACAGCUGAACCUACUACAACUACUGUACCAACAACAACUCCAGAAACAACAGUUGCUGUGACAACUGCAGAACCAACAACUGAACAAACAACAGUUGCUUCAACAACUCCUGAACCAACAACUACACUAGUUCCAACAACAACAGCUGAACCUACUACAACUACUCCAACAACUGAACAAACAACAGUUGCUUCAACAACUCCUGAACCAACAACUACACUAGUUCCAACAACAACAGCUGAACCUACUACAACUAUUGUACCAACAACAACUCCAGAAACAACAGUUGGUUCAACAACUGUUGCACCUACAACAGCUGAAACUACAACAAUUGCCUUGACAACUGCUGAACCAAUAACAACUGAACAAACAACAGUUGCUUUAACAACUCCUGAACCAACAACAACAGCUGAACCUACUACAACUACUGUACCAACAACAACUCCAGAAACAACAGUUGCUGUGACAACUGCAGAACCAACAACUGAACAAACAACAGUUGCUUCAACAACUCCUGAACCAACAACUACACUAGUUCCAACAACAACAGCUGAACCUACUACAACUACUCUGAAACUACAACAAUUGCCUCGACAACUGCUGAACCAACAACAACAGCUGAACCUACUACAACUACUGUACCAACAACAACUUCAGAAACCACAGUUGCUUCAACAACUGCAGCACCAACAACUCCAGAAACAACAAAACAACAAAACAACAGUUGCUUCAACAACUGCAGCACAAACAACAACUGCAGAAACAACAGUUGCUGUGACAACUGCUGAACCAACAACAACUGAACAAACAACAGUUGCUUCAACAACUCCUGAACCAACAACUACACUAGUUCCAACAACCACAGCUGAACCUACUACAACUAUUGUACCAACAACAACUCCAGAAACAACAGUUAGUUCAACAACUGUUGCACCUACAACAGCUGAAACUACAACAAUCGCCUCGACAACUGCUGAACCAACAACAACAGCUGAACCUACUACAACUACUGUACCAACAACAACUUCAGAAACCACAGUUGCUUCAACAACUGCAGCACCAACAACUCCAGAAACAACAGUUAUUUCAACAACUGCUGAACAAACAACAACUGAAACAACAACAGUUGCUUUAACAACUCCUGAACAAACAACUACACAACUUCCAACAACAACAGCUGAACCUACUACAACUACUGUACCAACAACAACUUCAGAAACAACAGUUGCUUCAACAACUGCAGCUCAAACAACAACUCCAGAAACAACAGUUGCUCUGAACCUACUACAACUACUGUACCAACAACAACUUCAGAAACAACAGUUGCUUCAACAACUGCCGCACCUUGCUUCAACAACUCCUGAUCCAACAACUACACUAGUUCCAACAACAACAGCUGAACCUACUACAACUACUGUACCAACAACAACUUCAGAAACCACAGUUGCUUCAACAACUGCAGCACCAACAACAACUCCAGAAACAACAGUUGCUUCAACAACUGUUGCACCUACAACAGCUGAAACUACAACAAUUGCCUCGACAACUGCUGAACCAACAACAACUGAACAAACAACAGUUGCUUCAACAACUCCUGAACCAACAACAACAGCUGAACCUACUACAACUAGUGUACCAACAACAACUUCAGAAACAACAGUUGCUGUAACAACUCCUGAACCAACAACAACAGCUGAACCUACUACAACUACUGUACCAACAACAACUUCAGAAACAACAGUUGCUUCAACAACUGCAGCACAAACACUGAACCUACUACAACUAUUCUACCAACAACAACUCCAGAAACAACAGUGGGUUGCUUUAACAACUCCUGAACCAACAACAACAGCUGAACCUACUACAACUACUGUACCAACAACAACUUCAGAAACAACAGUUGCUUCAACAACUGCAGCACAAACAACAACUCUAGAGACAACAGUUGCUUCAACAACUGGUGCACCUACAACAGCUGAAACUACAACAAUUGCCUCGACAUCUGCUGAUCCAACAACAACUGAACAAACAACAGUUGCUUCAACAACUCCUGAACCAACAACUACACUAGUUCCAACAACAACAGCUGAACCUACUACAACUACUGUACCAACAACAACUUCAGAAACAACAGUUGCUUCAACAACGGCAGCACCAACAACAACUCCAGAAACAACAGUUGCUCUGAACCUACUACAACUACUGUACCAACAACAACUUCAGAAACAACAGUUGCUUCAACAACGGCAGCACCAAACAACAGUUGCUGUGACAACUGCUGAACCAACAACAAGUGAACAAACAACAGUUGCUUCAACAACUCCUGAACCAACAACUACACUAGUUCCAACAACCACAGCUGAACCUACUACAACUAUUGUACCAACAACAACUCCAGAAACAACAGUUGGUUCAACAACUGUUGCACCUACAACAGCUGAAACUACAACAAUUGCCUCGACAACUGCUGAACCAACAACAACUGAACAAACAACAGUUGCUUUAACAACUCCUGAACCAACAACAACAGCUGAACCUACUACAACUAUUGAAACAACAGUUGCUGUGACAACUGCUGAACCAACAACUGAACAAACAACAGUUGCUUCAACAACUCCUGAACCAGCAACUACACUAGUUCCAACAACAACAGCUGAACCUACUACAACUACUCUGAAACUACAACAGUUGCUUCAACAACUCCUGAGCCAACAACAACAGCUGAAUCUACUACAACUAGUAACUACACUAGUUCCAACAACCACAGCUGAACCUACUACAACUAUUGUACCAACAACAACUCCAGAAACAACAGUUGGUUCAACAACUGUUGCACCUACAACAGCUGAAACUACAACAAUUGUCUUGACAACUGCUGAACCAACAACAACUGAACAAACAACAGUUGCUUUAACAACUCCUGAACCAACAAUAACAGCUGAACCUACUACAACUAGUGUACCAACAACAACUUCAGAAACAACAGUUGCUGUAACAACUGCAGCACCAACAACAACUCCAGAAACAACAGUUGCUGUGAUAACUGCUGAACCAACAACUGAACAAACAACAGUUGCUUCAACAACUCCUGAACCAACAACUACACUAGUUCCAACAACAACAGCUGAACCUACUACAACUACUUUCCAACAACCACAGCUGAACCUACUACAACUAUUGUACCAACAACAACUCCAGAAACAACAAAACAACAGUUGCUACAACAACUGCAGCACCAACAACAACUACAGAAACAACAAAACAACAGUUGCUACAACAGCUGAAACUACAACAAUUGCCUCGACAACUGAUGAACCAACAACAACUGAACAAACAACAGUUGCUUCAACAACUCCUGAACCAACAACAACAGCUGAACCUACUACAACUAGUGUACCAACAACAACUUCAGAAACAACAGUUGCUUCAACAACUGCAGCACCAACAACAACUCCAGAAACAACAGUUGUUGUGACAACUGCUGAGCCAACAACUGAACAAACAACAGUUGCUUCAACAACUCCUGAACCAACAACUACACUAGUUCCAACAACAACAGCUGAACCUACUACAACUAUUGUACCAACAACAACUCCAGAAACAACAGUUGGUUCAACAACUGUUGCACCUACAACAGCUGAAACUACAACAAUUGCCUUGACAACUGCUGAACCAAUAACAACUGAACAAACAACAGUUGCUUUAACAACUCCUGAACCAACAACAACAGCUGAACCUACUACAACUACUGUACCAACAACAACUCCAGAAACAACAGUUGCUGUGACAACUGCUGAGCCAACAACUGAACAAACAACAGUUGCUUCAACAACUCAUGAACCAACAACUACACUAGUUCCAACAACCACAGCUGAACCUACUACAACUAUUGUACCAACAACAACUCCAGAAACAACAGUUGCUUCAACAACUGUUGCACCUACAUCAGCUGAAACUACAACAAUUGCCUCGACAACUGCUGAACCAAAAACAACUGAACAAACAACAGUUGCUUCAACAACUCCUGAACCAACCAAACCAGCUGAACCUACUACAACUACUGUACCAACAACAACUCCAGAAACAACAGUUGCUGUGACAACUGCUGAACCAACAACAACUGAACAAACAACAGUUACUUCAACAACUCCUGGACCAACAACUACACUAGUUCCAACAACAACAUCUGAACCUACUACAACUACUGUACCAACAACAACUCUAGAAACGACAGUUGGUUCAACAACUGUUGCACCCACAACAGCUGAAACUAUAACAAUUGCCUCGACAACUGCUGAACCAACAACAACGGAACAAACAACAUUUGCUUCAACAACUCCUGAACCAACAAGUACACUAGUUCCAACAACAACAGCUGAACCUACUACAACUACUGUACCAACAACAGCUUCAGAAACCACAGUUGCUUCAACAACUGCAGCACCAACAACAACUCCAGAAACAACAGUAGCUUCAACAACUGUUGCACCUACAACAGCUGAAACUACAACAAUUGCCUCGACAACUGCUGAACCAACAACAACUGAGCAAACAACAGUUACUUCAACAACUCCUGAACCAUCAACUACACUACUUCCAACAACAACAGCUGAACCUACUACAACUACUGUACCACCAACAACUUCAGAAACAACAGUUGCUUCAACAACUUCAGCACCAACAACAACUCUAGAAACAACACAUCAACAACAACAACUGCAGAAACAACAGUUGCUUCAACAACUGCAGCACCGACAACAUCUCCAGAAACAACAGUUGUUUCAACAACUGUUGCACCUACAACAGCUGAAACUACAAUUGCUUCAACAACUGUUGAACCAACACCUACACUAUUUCCAACAACAACAGCUGAACUUACUACAACUACUGUACCAACAACAGCUCCAGAAACAACAGUUGCUUCAACAACUGCAGCACCAACAACUCCAGAAACAACAGUUAUUUCAACAACUGCUGAAAACAUCAGUUGCUUCAACAACUGCUGUACCAACAACAGUUGCUUCAACAACUCCUGAACCAACAUCUACACUACUUCAAAUAACAACAGCUGAACCUACUACAACUACUGUACCAACAACAACUUCAGAAACAACAGUUGUGUCAACAACUGCAGCACCAACAACAACUCUAGAAACAACAGUUGUUUCAACAACUGCUGAACCAACAACAACUGAACAAACAACAGUUGCUUCCACAACUGUUGCACCUACCACGGUUGAAACAACAACAACUGCUUCAACAACCGCUGAACCAACAACUACACUACUUUCAACAACAGCUGAAUCUACAACAACUACUGUACAAUCGACAACUUCAGAAACAGCAGUUGCUUUAACAACUGCAGCACCAACAACAACUCCAGAGACAACAGUUGCUUCAACAACAGCUGCACCAACAACAACUCCUCUGGAAACAUCAGUUGCUACAACAACUCCUGGACUAAUGACUACACUAGCUCCAUCAACAACUUUUGCACUUACAACAACUCCAGAAACAACAGUUGCUUUAACAACUGCAGCAUCUACAACAACUGUUACAAAAACAAUUGUUUCAACAACUGUUGAACCAACAACAACUGAACAAACAACAUCUGAAACAACAAUUGCUUCAACAACUGCUGAAACAACAACUGAAACAACAACAAUAACAAUAACUACUACAGAAACAACCACUCUACAACCAGUAACAACUGGAAUAUUGACAAGUGCACCUUCAACAACAGUAGUACCAACUACUACUACCAAGACAACUGCAUCACCUGUUACAGUAUCUGAAACAUCCACCACAACAAUCGAGUCAAUUAUUCAGCCAGCUACAGCAAACACAAAUAACCAGUCUCCAGUAAACACAACCACAUCAGUGACUACACAGACCUCAACAGAAACAACAGUUGCUUUAACAACUACUGAACCAACAACAGUGGCUUCAACAACUCCUGAACCAACUACACCGCUUCGAACAACAACAGCUGAACCUACUACAACUACGAUACCAACAACUUCAGAAACAACAGUUGCUUCAAAAACUGCUGAACCAACAACAAUAACUACAGAAACAACAAUUGCUUCAACAACUGCAGCACUAACAACAACUCCAGAAACAACAGUUGCUUCAACAACUGCUGAACGAACAACAACUGAACAAACAACAGUUGCUUCAACAACUCCUGAACCAACAACUACACUGGUUCCAACAACAACAGCUGAACCUACUACAACAACUACAGAAACAACAAUUGCUUCAACAACUCCAGCACCAACAACAACUUCAGAAACAACAGUUGCUUCAACAACUGAUGAACCAACAACAACAACUCCAGAAACAACAAUUGCUUCAACAACUCCAGCACCAACAACAACUUCAGAAACAACAGUUGUUUCAACAACUCCUGAACCAACAACAACUGAAACAACAACAAUUGUUUCAACAACUGCUGAACCAACAACUACACUACUUCCAACAACAACAGCUGAACCUACUACAACAACUACAGAAACAACAAUUGCUUCAACAACUCCAGCACCAACAACAACUUCAGAAACAACAGUUGUUUCAACAACUCCUGAACCAACAACAACUGAAACAACAACAAUUGUUUCAACAACUGCUGAACCAACAACUACACUACUUCCAACAACAAAAGCUGAACCUACUUCAACUACUGUACCAACAACUGCUUCAGAAACAACAGUUGCAUCAACAACUGCUGAACCAACAACAACAACUACAGAAACAACAAUUGCUUCAACAACUGCAGCACAGACAACUCUAGAAACAACAGUUGCUUCAACAACUGCUGAACCAUCAACAACUGAACAAACAACAGUUGCUUCAACAACUCCUGAACCAACAACUACCCUAGUUCCAACAACAACAGCUGAACCAACAACAACAACUACAAAAACAACAAUUGCUUCAACAACUGCAGCACCAACAACUCCAGAAACAACAGUUGCUUCAACAACUGAUGAACCAACAACAACAACUCCAGAAACAACAAUUGCUUCAACAACUCCAGAAACAACAGUUGCUUCAACAACUGCAGAACCAACAACAACUGAACAAACAACAGUUGCUUCUACAACUCCUGAACCAACAACUACACUAGUUCCAACAACAACAGCUGAACCUACUACAACUACUUUGUUUCAACAACUCCUGAACCAACAACUACACUACACCAACAACUCCAGAAACAACAUUCCAACAACAACAGCUGAACCUACUACAACUACUGUACCAACAACUUCAGAAACAACAGUUGCUUCAACAACCGCAGCACGAGAAACAACAGUUGCUCCAACAACUGUUGCACCUUCAACAACUGAAACAACAACAAUUGUUUCAACAACUGCUGAACCAACAACUACACUACUUCCAACAACAACAGCUGAACCUACUUCAACUACUGUACCAAUGACAACUUCAGAAACAACAGUUGCUUCAACAACUGCAGCUACAAUAUCUCCAGAAACAAGAGUUGCUUCAACAAUUGCUGAAACAACAACUGAAACAAUAGCAAUUGCUUCAACAACUGCUGAACCAACAACUACACUACUUCCAACAACAACAGCUAAACCUACUACAACUACUGUACCAAGAACAACUACAGAAACAACAAUUGCUUCAACAACUGCAGCACCAACACCAACUCCAGAAACAACAGUUGCUUCAACAACUGCUGAACCAACAACAACCGAACAAACAGUUGCUUCAACAACUCCUGAACCAACAACUACACUAGUUCCAACAACAACAGCUGAACCUCCUACAACUAUUGUACCAAAAACAACUCCAGAAACAACAGUUGCUUCAACAACUGCUGAACCAACAACAACUGAACAAACAACAGUUGUUUCAACAACUCCUGAACCAACAACUACACUAGUUCCAACAACAACAGCUGAACCUACUACAACUAAUGAACUAACAACAAAUUCAGAAACAACAGUUGCUUUAACAACAGCAGCACCAACAACAACAACUCCAGAAUUAACAGUUGCUUCAACAACUGCUGAACCAACAACAACCGAAAAAACUGUUGCUUCAACAACUCCUGAACCAACAACUACACUAGCUCCAACAACAACAGCUGAACCUAUUUCAACUACUGUACCAACAACAGCUUUAGAAACAACAGUUGCUUCAACAACUAAAGCACCAACAACAACUCCAGAAACAACAGUUGCUUCAACAACUGCUGAACCAAUAACAACUGAACAAACAACCAUUGCUUUAACAACUCCUGAACCAUCAACUACACUACUUCCAACAACAACAGCUGAAACUACAACAAUUGCUUCAACAACUGCAGCACCAACAAUAACUCCAGAAACAACACACCAAAUACAACUCCAGAAACAGCAGUUGCUUCAACAACUGCUGAACGAACAACAACUGAACAAACAACAGUUGCUUCAACAACUCCUGAACCAACAACUACACUGGUUCCAACAACAACAGCUGAACCUAUUACAACAACUACAGAAACACCAAUUGCUUCAACAACUGCAGCACCACCAACAACUUCAGAAACAACAGUUGCUUCAAAAACUGAUGAACCAACAACAACUCCAGAAACAACAAUUGCUUCAACAACUCCAGAAACAACAGUUGCUUCAACAACUGCUAAACCAACAACAACUGAACAAACAACAGUUGCUUCAACAACUGCUGAACCAACAACAACUGAACAAACAACAAAACAACGGUUGCUUCAACAACUGCAGCACCAACAACAACUCCAGAAACAACAUUGCUUCAACAACUCCUGAACCAACAACUACACCACUUCCAACAACAACAGCUGAACCUACUACAACUACGAUACCAACAACUUCAGAAACAACAGUUGCUUCAACAACUGGUGAACCAACAACAAUAACUACAGAAACAACAAUUGCUUCAACAACUGCAGCACCAACAACAACUCCAGAAACAACAGUUGCUUUAACAACUGCUGAACCAACAACAACUGAACAAACAUCAGUUGCUUUAACAACUCCUGAACCAACAACUACACUAGUUCCAAUAAGAACAGCUGAACCAACCAAAACAACUUCAGAAACAACAAUUGCUUCAACAACUGCAGCACCAACAACAACUUCAGAAACAACAUUUGCAUCAACAACUGCUGAACCAACAACAACAACUACAGAAACAACAGUUGCUUCAACAACUGCAGCACCGACAACUCUAGAAACAACAGUUGCUUCAACAACUACUGAACCAUCAACAACUGAACAAACAACAGUUGUUUCAACAACUCCUGAACCAACAACAACUGAACAAACAACAGUUGCUUUAACAACUCCUGAACCAACAACUACACUAGUUCCAACAACAACAGCUGAACCAACAACAAGAACCACAGAAACAACAAUUGCUUCAACAACUGCAGCACCAACAACAACUUCAGAAACAACAAAACAACAGUUGCUUCAACAACUGCUGAACCAACAACAACUGAACAAACAACAGUUGUUUCAACAACUCCUGAACCAACAACUACACACGGACAACUCUAGAAACAACAAAACAACAGUUGCUUCAACAAAUUUUGCUCCUACAACAACUGAAACAACAACUAUUGUUUCAACAACUGCUGAACCAACAACUACACUACUUCCAACAACAACAGCUGAACCUACUUCAACUACUGUACCAACAACAGCUUCAGAAACAACAGUUGCAUCAACAACUGCUGAACCAACAAUGACUACAGAAACAACAAUUGCUUCAACAACUGCAGCACCGACAACUCUAGAAACAACAGUUGCUUCAACAACUGCUGAACCAACAACAACUGAACAAACAACAGUUGUUUCAACAACUCCUGAACCAACAACUACACUAGUUCCAACAACAACAGCUGAACCUACUACAACUACUGUACCAACAACAACUUCAGAAACAACAGUUGCUUCAAGAACUGCAGCACCAACAACACCUCCAGAAACAACAUUUGCUUCAACAACUGCUGAACCAACACCAGUUGCUUCAACAACUCCUGAACCAAAAACUACACCACUUCCAACAACAACAGCUGAACCUACUACAACUACGAUACCAACAACUUCAGAAACAACAGUUGCUUCAACAACUGCUGAACCAACAACAAUAACUACAGAAACAACAAUUGCUUCAACAACUGCAGCACCAACAACAACUCCAGAAACAACAGUUGCUUCAACAACUGCUGAACCAACAACUCCUGAACCAACAACUACACAAGUUCCAACAACAACAGCUGAACCUACUACAACUACUGUACCAACAACUGCUUCAGAAACAACAGUUGCAUCAACAACUGCUGAACCAACAACAACAACUACAGAAACAACAAUUGCUUCAACAACUGCAGCACAGACAACUCUAGAAGCAACAGUUGCUUCAACAACUGCUGAACCAUCAACAAUUGAACAAACAACAGUCGUUUCAACAACUCCUGAACCCACAACUACACUAGUUCCAACAACAACAGCUGAACCUACUACAACUACUACAGUUGCAUCAACAACUGCUGAUCCAACAAUGACUACAGAAACAACAAUUGCUUCAACAACUGCAGCACCGACAACUCUAGAAACAACAGUUGCUUCAACAACUGCUGAACCAACAACAACUGAACAAACAACAGUUGUUUCAACAACUCCUGAACCAACAACUACACUAGUUCCAACAACAACAGCUGAACCUACUACAACUACUGUACCAACAACAACUUCAGAAACAACAGUUGCUUCAAGAACUGCAGCACCAACAACACCUCCAGAAACAACAUUUGCUUCAACAACUGCUGAACCAACAACAGUUGCUUCAACAACUCCUGAACCAACAACUACACCACUUCCAACAACAACAGCUGAACCUACUACAACUAUGAUACCAACAACUGAUGAACCAACAACAAUAGCUACAGAAACAACAAUUGCUUCAACAACUGCAGCACCAACAACAACUCCAGAAACAACAGUUGCUUCAACAACUGCUGAACCAACAACUCCUGAACCAACAACUACACAAGUUCCAACAACAACAGCUGAACCUACUACAACUACUGUACCAACAACAACUUCAGAAACAACACCAACAACUACACUACUUCCAACAACAACAGCUGAACCUACUUCAACUACUGUACCAACAACAGCUUCAGAAAAAACAACAGUUGCUUCAACAACUGCUGAACCACCAACAACCGAACAAACAACCUUUGCUUCAACAACUCCUGAACCAACAACUACACUACUUCCAACAACAACAGCUGACACUACAACAAUUGCUUCAACAACUGCUGAACCAAAAACUACACUACUUCCAACAACAGUUGAACCUACUACAACUACUGUACCAAUGAUAACUUCAGAAACAACAGUUGCUUCAACAACUGCAGCAACAAAAACUCCAGAAAAAACAGUUGCUUCAACAACUGCUGAACCAACAACUAGACUACUUCCAACAACAACAGCUGAACCUACUACAACUACUCUGCCAACAACAAGUACAGAAACGACAGUUACUUCAACAACUGCAGCACCAACAACAACUCCAGAAACAACAGUUGGUUCAACAACGGUUGCACCUACAACAGCUGAAACUACAACAAUUGCUUUAACAACUGCAGAACCAAUAACUUCACUACUUCCAACAACAGCUGAACCUUCUACAACUAUUGUACCAACAACAACUCCAGAAACAACAGUUGCUUCAACAACUGCAGCACUAACAACAACUCCAGAAACAACAGUCACUUCAACAACUGCUGAACCAACAACAACUGAACAAACAGCAGUUGCUUUAACAACUCCAGAACCUACAACUAUACUACUUCCAACAACAACAGCAGAAACUACAACUAUUGCUUCAACAACUGCUGAACCAACAAGUACACUACUUCCAACAACAACAGCUGAACCUACUACAACUAAUGAACUAACAACAAAUUCAGAAACAACAGUUGCUUCAACAACUGCAGCAGCAACAACAACAACUCCAGAAACAGCAGUUGGCUCAACAACUACACUAGUUGCUUUGGCAACUGAUGAAACAACAACUGAACAAACAACAGUUGCUUCAACAACUCCUGAACCAACAACUUCAACAACUGCAGCACCAACAACUACACUACUUCCAACAACAACAGCAGAACCUACAACAACUACUCACCAACAACAACUCCAGAAACGGCAAACAGUUGCUUCAACAACUCCUGAACCAACAACUACACUACUUCCAACAACAACAGCUGAACCAACUCUAACUCUUGUACCAACAACAACUUCAGAAACAACAGUUGGUUCAACAACUGUUGCACCUUCAACAGUUGAAAUUACAACAAUUGUUUCAACAACUGCUGAACCAACAACUACACUACUUUCAACAACAACAGCUGAACCUACUACAAGUACUGUACCAACAACAACUUCAGAAACAACAAUUACUUCAACAACUGCAGCACCAACAACAACUCCAGAAACAACAGUUGCUUCAACAACUUUUGCACCUACUACAGUUGAAACAACGACAAUUGCUUCAACAACUACACUACUUUCAACAACAGCUGAACCUACUACAACUACUGUACUAACAACAACUUCAGCAACAACAGUUGUUUCAACAACUUCAGCACCAACAACAAAUCCAGAAACAACAGUGUCUUCAACAACAUCUGCAUCAACAACAACUCCUCUAGAAACAACAGUUGCUACAACAACUCUUGAAACAAUGACUACACUAGCUCCAUCAACAACUGCUGUACCAACAACAACUCCAGAAAAAACAGUUGCUUCAACAUCUGUUACACCCACAACAGCUGAAACUACAACAAUUGCUUCAACAACUGCUGAACCAACAACUACACUACUUCCAGCUGAACCUACUACAACUACUGUACCAUCAACAACUUCAGAAACAACAGUUGCUUCAACAACUGCAGCACCAAUAACAACUCCAGGAACAACAGUUGAUUUGGCAACUGAUGAAAUAACAACUGAACAAACAACAGUUGCUUCAACAACUCCUGAAUCAACAACUACACUAGCUUUAACAACAACGGCUGAAUCUACUACAACUACUCCAACAACAAGUUCAGAAACAACAGUUACUUCAACAACUGCAGCACCAUCAACAACUACACAAACAACAGUUGAAACAACAGUUGCUGUGACAACUGCUGAACCAACAACAACUGAACACACAACCGUUGCUUCAACAACUCCUGAACCAACAACUACACUAGUUCCAACAACAACAGCUGAACCUACGACAACUACUGUACCAACAACAACCCCAGAAACAACAGUUGAAACAACAGUUGCUGUGACAACUGCUGAACCAACAACAACUGAACAAACAACAGUUGUUUCAACAACUCCUGAACCAACAACUACACUAGUUCCAACAACAACAGCUGAACUUACUACAACUACUGUACCAACAACAACUCCAGAAACAACAGUUGGUUCAACAACUGUUGCACCUACAACAGUUGAAACAGCAAAGAUUGCUUCAACAAUGGCUGAAUCAACAACUACACUACUUCCAACAACAUCUGAACCUUUAACAACUAUUGCAUCAACAAAAACUCCAGAAACAACAGUUGCUUCAAUAACAUCUUCACCAACAACAACUCCUCUACAAACAACAGUUGCUACAACAAUUCCUGAACCAACGACCACACUAGCUCCAUCAACAACUGCUGCACUUACAACAACUCCAGAAACGACAGUUGCUUCAACAACUGCAGCACCAACAACAACUCCAGAGACAACAGUUGCUUCAACAACAGCUGCACCAACAAAAACUCCUCUGGAAACAGUUGCUACAACAAUUCCUGGACUAAUGACUACACUAGCUCCAUCAACAGCUGCUGAACUUACAACAACUCCAGAAACAACAGUUGCCUCAACUACACUGCUUCCAACAACAACAGCUAGACCUACUACAACUAUUGUACCAACAACAACUUCAGAAACAACAUUUUCUUCAACAACUGCAGCACCAACAACUCCAAAAACUACAGUUGUUUCAACAACUGUUGAACCUUCAACAGCUGAAACAACAAUUGUUUCAACAACUGCUGAACCAACAACUGAAACAACAACAAUUGCUUCAACAACUGCUGAAUCUAGUACAUCUGCUGCAUCAACAACAACUUUAGAAACAACAGUUGCUUCAACAACUGCAGCACCAUCAACAACUCGAGAAACAACAGUUGCUUCGACAACAGCUGCACCAGCAACAACUCUUCUAGAAACAACAGUUGCUACAACUCCUGAACCAACGAUUACUGUAACUCCAUCAACAGCUGCUGCACUUACAACUCCAGAAACGUCAGUUGCUUCAACAACUACACUGCUUCCAACAACAACAGCUGGACCUAAUACAACUACUGUACCAACAACAACUUCAGAAACAACAUUUUCUUCAACAACUGCAGCACUAACAACAACUCCAGAAACAACAGUUGUUGAAACAACUGUUGAACCUUCAACAGCUGAACCAACAACUACACUAUUUCCAACAACAACAGCUGAACCUAGUACAUCUGCUGCAUCAACAACAACUUUAGAAACAACAGUUCCUUCAACAACUGCAGCACCAGCAACAACUCCAGAAACAACAGUUGCUUCAACAACAGCUGCACCAGCAACAACUCUUCUAGAAACAACAGUUGCUACAACUCCUAAGCCAACGACUACAGUAGCUUCAUUAACAACUGCUGCACUUACAACUCCAGAAACAUUAGUUGCUUCAACAACUACACUGCCUCUAACAACAACAGCUGAACCCACUACAACUAGUGCAUCAACAACAACUCCAGAAACAGUUGCUUCAAGAACUGUUGCACCUACAACAGCUGAAACAACAUCUUCAACAAAUGCUGUACCAACAACAACUCCAUCAACAACAGUCGCUUCAACAUCUGUUGCACCAACAACUAUACUAGCUGAAACAACAACAGCUGCAACAACUACAUUAGCUCUGUCAACAAAACCUUCACUAAUAACUACUGCAGAAACAACCACUCUACCACUAGUAACAACUGGAAUAUUGACAAGUGCACCUUCAACAACAGUAGUACCAACUACUACUACCAAGACAACUGCAUCACCUGUUACAGUAUCUGAAACAUCCACCACAACAAUCGAGUCAAUUAUUCAGCCAGCUACAGCAAACCAAAAUAACCAGUCUCCAGUAAACACAACCACAUCAGCGACUACACAGACUUCAACAGAAGCGUCAUCAGAGAGCGAAAUUAAUACACCGUCUACAACUUCACCAUCGCCAACUACAACUGAAGCAUCUAUUACCAUAUCUUCAACAUCUUUCCAACUGACAAAAGAUACAUCAGCUUCCACAUCAGAAAGUAUAACUUCAUCAGCAACUUCAUCAGCACAUCUCUCAACAGCAUCAGUGACAAGUGCCACUGUACCUGUUACAACUACAGCAGCAAUGUCAUCUAGUGUCUUAACAACUUUACCAAGUACAACUCAAAUGACAACAACACUGCAAAGUACAGCAUUGCCAGAUACAUCAGCUGCAUCAAGUUCUACUGGAGAAGAAACAGUGUUGUCAUCAACUACAUCACUACUUUCAAGUGAACCUUCUGUAACUACAACGACAAUUACAACACCAAGUACAACUGUGCCUGCCACAAGUACAGCAAUAAUGUCCCCUACAUUUUCAAGUGCUUCACCAAGUUCAACAGCUCAAGUCACAACAGCAGAUCAAAGUACAACUUUGCCAGUUACAUCAACUGCCUCAAGUUCCACUGCAGAAGUUACAAAAGUGUCACCAGCUGCAACAUCAGGACUUACAAGUGAAUCUAGUGCAACUACAACAGAAAUUACAACACCACCAACUAAAACUGUACCUGUCACAACUACAGCAAUAGAACUAUCUACAACUUUAACCUCCUCACCAAGUACUACGGCACAAGUCACAACAGCAGAUCAAAGUACAACUAUACCAGUUAUAUCAACUGAAUCUAGUUCUACUGCAGAAGUCACAAAAGUGUCAUCGGCUACAACAUUAGCACUUACUAGUGAAUCUAGUGUAACUACAACAGAAAUUACAACACCACCAACAACAACAACUGUACCUGUCACAACUACAGCACUAGAACCAUCUACAAUUUUAACCUCCACACCAAGUACUACGGCUCAAGUCACAACAGCAGAUCAAAGUACAACUUUGCCAGUUACAUCGACUGCAUCAAGUUCAACUGCAGAAGUCACAAAAGUGUCACCAGCUACAAGUGAAUCAAGCGUAACUACAGUAGAAUUUACAUCACCAUUAAGUACAACUGCUCCUUUCACAACUACAGCAAUAAUGUCAUCUACAAUUUUAACAACCUCACCAAGUACAACAGCUCAAGACACAACAGCAGAUCAAAGUACAAUGUCACCACUUACAUCAGCUGCAUCAAGUUCUAGUACAGAAGAAACAACAGUGUCACCAGCUACAACAUCAGCACUUACAAGUGAAUCUACUGUAUCUACCUCAGAAAUUACAACAACAUUAAGCUCAUCUGCUCCUGUCUCAACUACAGCAAUAAUGUCAUCUACAAUAUUAAAAUCCUCACCAAGUACAACAGCUCAAGACACAACAGUAGAUCACAGUACAACUUUACUGGUUACAUCAACUGAAUCUAGUUCUACUGCAGAAGUCACAAAAGUGUCAUCGGCUACAACAUUAGCACUUACUAGUGAAUCUAGUGUAACUACAACAGAAAUUACAACACCACCAACAACAACUGUACAUGUCACAACUACAGCACUAGAACCAUCUACAAUUUUAACCUCCACACCAAGUACUACGGCUCAAGUCACAACAGCAGAUCAAAGUACAACUUUGCCAGUUACAUCGACUGCAUCAAGUUCAACUGCAGAACUCACAAAAGUGUCACCAGCUACAAGUGAAUCGAGUGUAACUACAGUAGAAUUUACAACACCACUAAGUACAACUGCUCCUUUCACAACUACAGCAAUAAUGUCAUCUACAAUUUUAACAACCUCACCAAGUACAACAGCUCAAGACACAACAGCAGAUCAAAGUACAAUGUCACCACUUACAUCAGCUGCAUCAAGUUCUAGUACAGAAGAAACAACAGUGUCACCAGCUACAACAUCAGCGCUAACAAGUGAAUCUACUGUAUCUACCUCAGAAAUUACAACAACAUUAAGCUCAACUGCUCCUGUCACAACUACAGCAAUAAUGUCAUCUACAAUAUUAAAAUCCUCACCAAGUACAACAGCUCAAGACACAACAGCAGAUCACAGUACAACUUUACUGGUUACAUCAACUGCAUCAAGUUCCACUGCAGAAGUCACAAAAGAGUCACCAGCUACAACAUCAGCACUUACAAGUGAAUCUAUUGUAACUACAACAGAAAUUAAAACACCACCAACUACAACUGUACCUGUCACAACUACAGCAAUAGAACCAUCUACAAUUUUAACCUCCUCACCAAGUACAACAGCACAAGUCACAACAGCAGAUAAAAGUACAUCUUUGCCAAUUGCAUCAAGUUCAACUGCAGAAGUCACAAAAGUAUCACCAACUACAACAUCACCACUUACAAGUGAAUCUAGUGUUACUACAACAGAAAUUACAACAGCUAUAACUGUACCUGUCAAAACUACAGCAAUAGAACCAUCUACAAUUUUAACCUCCUCACCAAGUACAACAGCUCAAGUCACAACAGCAGAUCAAAGUACGACUUUGCCAGAUACAUCAACUGCAUCAAGUUCCACUGCAGAAAUCACAAAAGUGUCACCAGCUACAAGUGAAUCUAGUGUAGCUACAACAGAAAUUACAACAGCUACAACUGCUUCUGUCACAACUACAGCGAUAAUGAAAUCUACAAUAUUAAUAUCUUCACCAAGUACAACAGCUCAAGACACAACAGCAGAUCACAGUACAACUUUGCCAGUUAUAUCGACUGCAUCAAGAUCAACUGCAGAAGUCACAAAAGUGUCACCAGCUACAAGUGAAUCGAGUGUAACUACAGUAGAAUUUACAACACCACUAAGUACAACUGCUCCUUUCACAACUACAGCAAUAAUGUCAUCUACAAUUUUAACAACCUCACCAAGUACAACAGCUCAAGACACAACAGCAGAUCAAAGUACAAUGUCACCACUUACAUCAGCUGCAUCAAGUUCUAGUACAGAAGAAACAACAGUGUCACCAGCUACAACAUCAGCACUUACAAGUGAAUCUACCGUAUCUACCUCAGAAAUUACAACAAAAUUAAGCUCAACUGCUCCUGUCACAACUACAGCAAUAAUGUCAUCUACAAUAUUAAAAUCCUCACCAAGUACAACAGCUCAAGACACAACAGCAGAUCACAGUACAACUUUACUGGUUACAUCAACUGCAUCAAGUUCCACUGCAGAAGUCACAAAAGAGUCACCAGCUACAACAUCAGCACUUACAAGUGAAUCUAGUGUAACUACAACAGAAAUUACAACACCACCAACUACAACUGUGCCUGUCACAACUACAGCAAUAGAACCAUCUACAAUUUUAACCUCCUCACCAAGUACAACAGCCCAAGUCACAACAGGAGAUCAAAGUACAACUUUGCCAGUUACAUCAACUGCAUCAAGUUCAACUGCAGAAGUCACAAACGUAUCACCAACUAUAACAUCACCACUUAAAAGUGAAUCUAGUGUAACAACAACAGAAAUUACAACAGCUAAAACUGUACCUGUCACAACUACAGCAAUAGAACAAUCUACAAUUCUAACCUCCUCACCAAGUACAACAGCACAAGUCACAACAGCAGAUCAAAGUACAACUUUGCCAGAUACAUCAACUGCAUCAAGUUCCACUGCAGAAGUCACAAAAGUAUCACCAGCUACAAGUGAAUCUAGUGUUACUACAACAGAAAUUACAACAGCUAUAACUGUACCUGUCAAAACUACAGCAAUAGAACCAUCUACAAUUUUAACCUCCUCACCAAGUACAACAGCCCAAGUCACAACAACAGAUCAAAGUACAACACUGCCGGCUACAUCAACUGAAUCAAGUUCCACUGCAGAAGUAACAAAAGUGUUACCAGCUACAACAUCGCCACUUACAAGUGAAGCUCAAACUACAACUGUACCUGUCACAACUACAGCGAUAUUGCCAUCUACAAUUUUAACAGCUUCAAGUGCAACUCAAAUAACAACAACACAGAAAAGUAUGACAGCAAGUACUUCCUCUGCAUCAAGUUCCACUGAAGAAUUAACAACAGUGUCAUCAGCUUCUACAUCACCACUUACAGGUGAAGUCACAGCAUCACUGCAAAGUACAAGUUUAUCAGUUACAUCAGCUGCAUCACGUACAAAUGCAGAAGUAACAACAGGUUCAUCUUUUACCACUUCAUCAGUUACAAGUGAUUCUGUUGGAUCAACUUUAGCAGGUAAAACAUCAUCUAGUACAAAUAUGCCUAUCAGCACUACAACACAGACACCAUCUACACUUCUGGUAUCAACUCCACCAAGUACAACUCUGUCAACCACACCAGCAGCAGAAAUUAUAACUGAGGCUUCCUCAACUAUUGCAACAGCUUUAACCAAAUUAUUAACAACAAGUACUUUUGACAAUAUAGCAUCAGUUACCACAGUCGAAACAGCAGUGACUAAAACUUCACCAGUGACUUUUAUAUCUACUGUAACUACACAAUCUGCUACCGAACUACAAAGUACUACCGUGCCUGACACAUCUACAGGAAAAAUACCAUCCACACUUCUCUUAACAACGUCAUCACAAAAUGUAACAUUGCCAACAGAAACUGUUUCCUUGAAACCUGCUACUACUUUACAAACGACAUAUAUGCCAACCACGUUACUGUCGUCCACCGCAACUGAAUUAACUACAGCAUCAUCAACUACAGAACCAGUUACGACAAAUACACCCAAUCAACCACCCGUAACCACAACCACCAAACUCACAACACCGAGCUCCACAGAAUCUGCGACAGUGAAUGAAAUCACAACACCUAUUGCUGCGCCAUCCUUAACACCUUCGGCGUUCACUACUACAGUAUCGCGUACACCGUCAACAUCUGUACCAGUCACAACAGGAGAAUCAACUUCAAAAACAGAUUCAUCUAUUACUUCAUCAACAACUCAAGUUACAAAAUUACUGGGAAGUACAGCCUUUCCAGGUAGUUCAGCUGGAUCAAGUUCUACUGUAGAAUUAACAACAUUGCCAUCAGCUACAUCACCACUUACAAGUGAAUCCAGUGAAACUACAGCAAAAAUUACAACAUCACCAACUACAACUGUACCUGCCACAACUACAGCAAUAGAACCAUCUACAAUUUUAAAAACCUCAUCAAUUACAACAGCUCAAGUUACGACAUCAGGUCAAAGUACAACUUUACCAGUUACAUCAAUUGCAUCAAUUCCACUGCAGAAGUCACAAAAGAGUCACCAGCUACAGCAUCAGCACUUACAAGUGAAUCUAGUUACAACAGCACAAGUCACAACAGCAGAUCAAAGUACAACUUUGCCAACUGCAUCAAGUUCAACUGCAGAAGUCACAAAAGUAUCACCAACUUCAACAUCACAACUUACAAGUGAAGCUAGUGUUACUACAACAGAAAUUACAACAGCUAUAACUGUACCUGUCACAACUACAGCAAUAGAACCAUCUACUAUUUUAACCUCCUCACCAAGUACUACAGCUCAAGUCACAACAGCAGAUCAAAGUACAACUUUGCCAGAUACAUCAAAUGCAUCAAGUUCCACUGCAGAAGUCACAAAAGUGUCACCAGCUACAAGUGAAUCUAGUGUAACUACAACAGAAAUUACAACAGCUACAACUGCUUCUGUCACAACUACAGCAAUAAUGUCAUCUACAAUAUUAAUAUCUUCACCAAGUACAACAGCUCAAGACACAACAGCAGAUCACAGUACAACUUUACUGGUUACAUCAAGUGCAUCAAGUUCCACUGCAGAAGUCACAAAAGUGUCACCAACUACAUCACCACUUACAAGUGAAUCUAGUGCAACUACAACAGAAAUUACAACAGCUACAACUGUACCUGUCACAACUACAGCAAUUGAACCAUCUACAAUUUUAACCUCCUCACCAAGUACUACGGCUCAAGUCACAACAGCAGAUCAACGUACAACUUUGCCAGUUACAUCAACUGCAUCAAGUUCAACUGCAGAAGUCACAAAAGUGUCACCAACUACAACAUCACCACUUACAAGUGAAUCUAGAGUAACUACAACAGAAAUUACAACAGCUACAACUGUACCUGUCACAACUACAGCAAUAGAACUCUCUACUAUUUUAACCUCCUCACCAAGUACAACAGCUCAAGUCACAACAGCAGAUCAAAGUACAACCUUACCAGUUACGUCAAAUGCAUCAAGUUCAGCAGAAGUAACAACAGUGUCAUCAGCUACAACGUCACCACUUACAAGUGAAUCCAGUUUAACUACAGUAUAUAUCACAACACCACAAAAUACAACUGUACCUGUCACAACUACAGAAAUAAUGGCAUCUACAAUAUUAACAACUUCACCAAAUACAAUUCAAUUCACAACAUCACCAGAAAGUACAAUCUUACCAGUUACAUCAGCUGCAUUAAGCUCUACUGCUGAAUUAACAGUGUCAUCAGCUACAACAUCACCACUUAAAAGUGAAUCCAGUGUAACUACCGCAGAAAUUACACCACCACCAAGUACAGCUUUACCUGUCACAACUAAAGCAAUAAUGCCAUCUACAAUGUUAACAGCCUUACCAAGCACAACAGCUCAAGUCACAACAAUGCUACAAAGUACAACUGUACCAAUUACAGUCGCUGUGUCACGCUCUACUGCAGAAGAAGCAGUAAUGCCAUCUGUAGUUUCAACAGCUUUGCCGACCACAACUCAAGUCACAGCAUCUAGGCAAAGUACACUUUUACCACUUACAUCAACUGCAUUAAGUUCUACUGGAGAAUUAACAACAGUGACAUCGGCAACAACAUCACCACAUAUAAGUGAUUCUAGUGUAACUACAGCAGAAAUAACAACACAAUCAAGUAAAACUAUAUCUGUCUCAACUACAGCAAUAGUGCCAUCUACCAUUUUAACAACAUCAGUAAGUACAACAGCAGAUCAAAGUACAAAUUUACCGGUUACAUCAACUGCAUCAAGUUCUACUGCAGAAGUCACAAAAGUGUCAUCAGCUACACCAUCAGCACUUACAAGUGAAUCUAGUGGAACUACAACAGCAAUUACAACACCACCAACUACAACUGUGCCUGUCACAACAACAGCAAUAGAACCAUCUACAAUGUUAACCUACUCACCAAGUACUACAGCACAAGUCACAACAGCAGGUCAAAGUACAAGUUUGCCAGUUACAUCAACUGCAUCAAGUUCCACUGCAGCAGUCACAAACAUGUCACCAGCUACAACACCACCACUUACAAUUAAUUAUACUGUAACUAGUGCAGAAAAUACAACACCACUAAGUACAGCUGCUCCUGUCCCAACAACAGCAAUAAUGUCAUCUACAAUAUUGAUAUCUUUACCAAGUACAAAAGCUCAAGACACAACAGCAGAUCAAAGUAUAACUUCACCACUUACAUCAGCUGCAUCAAGUUCUACUGCAGAAGUCACAAAAGUGUCAUCGGCUACACCAUCAGCACUUACAAGUGAAUCUAGUGGAACUACGACAGCAAUUGCAACACCACCAACUACAACUGUGCCUGUCACAACAACAGCAAUAGAACCAUCUACAAUUUUAACCUCCUCACCAAGUACAACAGCUCAAGACACAACAGCAGAUCAAAGUACAACUUUGCCAGUCACAUCAACUGCAUCAAGUUCCACGGCAGAAAUAACAAAAGUGUCACCAGCCACAACAUCACCACUUAAAAGUGAAUCUAGUGUAACUACAGGUGACAUUACAGCAACACUAAGUACAACUGUACCUGUCACAACUACAGCAGUAAUGCCAUCUACCAUUUUAACAGCCUUACCAAGUACAACUCAAGUUACAACAACAUUGCCAAGUACAGAUUUUACAGUUGCAUCAGCUUCAUCAGGUUCUACUGGAGAAUUAACAACAGUGUUGCCACCUAGUACAUCAGCACUUACAAGUGAACCUACAGCAAUUACAACACUAAGUACUGAUGUACCUGCCCCAACUACAGCAAUAAACACCCCUGCACUUUCAACAGCCUCACCAAGUACAACAGAACUAGUUACAACAUCCAUGCAAAGUACAACUUUACCACUAACAUCAGCUGCAUUACCACUAACAUCAGUACCAUCAAGUUCUACAGUUGAAUUAACAACAGCAUCAUCAGCUACAACAUUACCACUUACAAGCAAAUCCAGUGCAACUACAUCAGAAAUUACAACACCACCAAGUACAACUAUACCUGUCACAACUAAAGCAAUAAGCCCAUCUACACUUUCAACAAACUCACCAAGUGUAGCUCAAGUCACAACUACAUUGCACAGUAAAAGUUUAUCAGAUACAGCUUCUGUAUCGAGCCCUACUGCAGAAGUAACAGCUGGGUCAUUUGCUACAACUUCACCAGUUACAUUUGAAGCUACUGUAACGACAACUGGAGUUAAAACAUCACUGAGUGCAAAUAUGCCUACCAUAACUACAGCAAAAACACCAUCUACACUUCUGGUAUCAACUGCACCAAGUACAACUCUGCAAACCACACCAGCAACCGAACAUAUAACUGAGGCUUCCUCAACAAUUGCAACAGGAUUAACCAAAUUGUUAACAACAAGUACUUUUGAUAAUAUAGCAUCAGUUACCACAGCUUCAUCUUUGCCGACUGUUGCCGAAACAGCAGCGACUACAACCUCACCAGUGACAUAUGAAUCUACUGUAAUUACACGAGCUUCUACCGGACCACAAACUACUUCCGUGUCUGCCACAUCUACAGGAAAAAUACCAUCCGCACUUCUCUUAACAACGUCAUCAGAAAAUUUAACAUCGCCAACAGAAACUGUCUCCUUGAAACCUGCGACGACUUUAAAAUUGAUAUAUAUGCCAACCAUGCUACUGUCGUCAACUCUGGCUACAACAGAAUUAACUACAACAUCAUCAAUGACAGAAGAACCUAUUAAGCCUGUCACAUCUAAUCCUGACAAUCAGUCCCCAGUAAACACAACCAUGCAGACAACACAGAAACCUGAAAUAACAGAAGCACCUAUACAACCUGUGACAGCUAAUCCUAACAAUGAGUCCCCCGUAAACACAACAAUCCAGCAGACAACACAGAAACUCACAACUCUUAGCAUCAGCACAGAGUCUCCAAAACUGUUGUAUUUCACAUUCAACUUGACGCUGAAAGAAGUAACCUACAGCAGCCAAUUGGAAGACCAUUCCUCUAAUCUUUACAACUCGAUGUCCACUACUCUGCUAUCCCUGGUUAAUAACAUAUUCCAGAACUCAAGUAUAGAAGGCGCAUUUUCAGGCUGCACCGAUUUAAUAUUUAGGGAAGGAAAUGUCACUGAUACCUUUAGUAUCAAUGCUGUUUGCAACUAUGUAAACAACUCAGUGGGACAGACGUUUGAUAGGCGGGUGGUGUACAAGAACUUCAGUACUCUCACAAAUGGAAUCACCAAUUUGGAUAAAUAUGCAUUGGACAGCUUCAGUCUUUAUAUUGAUGGAUACAAUGAAAAGAUACCAACUACUACAGCUCCAACCACUACAACAACAACAAAUAUUCCAUCCGUCAACACUUUUACCUUGAAUUUAACAUUGUCCAAUCUCCCUUUUACCUUGGACCUUGGGACUCCAUACAGUACCAAAUACAACAACACCCAGUCUAUCGUGACCGGCUUGUUGGACACAGUACUGAGGAAAACCAGCUUGGGAUCUUCUUACUCUGGCUGCCAAAUCAGUGCAUUUAGUGGAGCGAAUAGUGGAGAAGCCACCAAACUUGAUGCCAUCUGCACAUACAACAAUAAUACAUUUCCUGUUUUUGAUCGGGUGGCCAUAUACAAGGAACUGAGCAACCAGACAAAUGGUGUCACCAACCUUGGAAUCUACAGUCUGGAUCCAAACAGUCUCUACGUUGAUGGUUAUAAUGAAAAGACACUGACAACUCCUUCUCCAACCACUACAACAACAACAACAAAUAUUCCAUCAGUCAAUACUUUCACCUUGAAUUUAACAUUGUCUAAUCUCCCAUUUACCUCGGACCUUGGAACUCCCAACAGCGCCAAAUUUAACAACACCCAGACUAUCAUAACCAGCUUGUUGGACACAGUACUGAAGAAAACCAGCUUGGGAUCUUCUUACUCUGGCUGCCAAAUCAAUGCGUUUAGUGGAGCGGAUAGUGGAGCAGCCACCAAACUUGAUGCCAUCUGCACAUACAACAACAAGACAUUCUCUGUUUUUGACCGGGUGGCCAUAUACAAGGAACUGAGCAACCAGACAAAUGGUGUCACCAACCUUGGAAUCUACAGUCUGGACCCAAACAGUCUCUACGUUGAUGGUUAUAAUGAAAAGACACUGACAACUCCUCCUCCAACCACUACAACAAAUAUUCCAUCAGUCAAUACUUUCACCUUGAAUUUAACAUUGUCUAAUCUCCCAUUUACCUUGGACCUUGGGACUCCCAACAGCGCCAAAUUUAACAACACCCAGGCUAUCAUAACCAGCUUGUUGGACACAGUUCUGAAGAAAACCAGCUUGGGAUCUUCUUACUCUGGCUGCCAAAUCAAUGCGUUUAGUGGAGCGGAUAGUGGAGCAGCCACCAAACUUGAUGCCAUCUGCACAUACAACAACAAGACAUUCUCUGUGUUUGACCGGGUGGCCAUAUACAAGGAACUGAGCAACCAGACAAAUGGUGUCACCAAUCUUGGAAUCUACAGUCUGGAUCCAAACAGUCUCUACGUUGAUGGUUAUAAUGAAAAGACACUGACAACUCCUCCUCCAACCACUACAACAAAUAUUCCAUCAGUCAAUACUUUCACCUUGAAUUUAACAUUGUCUAAUCUCCCAUUUACCUUGGACCUUGGGACUCCCAACAGCGCCAAAUUUAACAACACCCAGGCUAUCAUAACCAGCUUGUUGGACACAGUUCUGAAGAAAACCAGCUUGGGAUCUUCUUACUCUGGCUGCCAAAUCAAUGCGUUUAGUGGAGCGGAUAGUGGAGCAGCCACCAAACUUGAUGCCAUCUGCACAUACAACAACAAGACAUUCUCUGUGUUUGACCGGGUGGCCAUAUACAAGGAACUGAGCAACCAGACAAAUGGUGUCACCAACCUUGGAAUCUACAGUCUGGACCCAAACAGUCUCUACGUUGAUGGUUAUAAUGAAAAGACACUGACAACUCCUCCUCCAACCACUACAACAAAUAUUCCAUCAGUCAAUACUUUCACCUUGAAUUUAACAUUGUCUAAUCUCCCAUUUACCUCGGACCUUGGGACUCCCAACAGCGCCAAAUUUAACAACACCCAGGCUAUCAUAACCAGCUUGUUGGACACAGUUCUGAAGAAAACCAGCUUGGGAUCUUCUUACUCUGGCUGCCAAAUCAAUGCGUUUAGUGGAGCGAAUAGUGGAGCAGCCACCAAACUUGAUGCCAUCUGCACAUACAACAAUAAGACAUUCCCUGUUUUUGACCGGGUGGCCAUGUACAAGGAACUGAGCAACCAGACAAAUGGUGUCACCAACCUUGGAAUCUACAGUCUGGACCCAAACAGUCUCUACGUUGAUGGUUAUAAUGAAAAGACACUGACAACUCCUCCUCCAACCACUACAACAAAUAUUCCAUCAGUCAAUACUUUCACCUUGAAUUUAACAUUGUCUAAUCUCCCAUUUACCUCGGACCUUGGGACUCCCAACAGCGCCAAAUUUAACAACACCCAGGCUAUCAUAACCAGCUUGUUGGACACAGUUCUGAAGAAAACCAGCUUGGGAUCUUCUUACUCUGGCUGCCAAAUCAAUGCGUUUAGUGGAGCGAAUAGUGGAGAAGCCACCAAACUUGAUGCCAUCUGCACAUACAACAACAAGACAUUCCCUGUUUUGGACCGAGUGGCCAUAUACAAGGAACUGAGCAACCAGACAAAUGGUGUCACCAACCUUGGAAUCUACAGUCUGGACCCAAACAGUCUCUACGUUGAUGGUUAUAAUGAAAAGACACUGACAACUCCUCCUCCAACCACUACAACAAAUAUUCCAUCAGUCAAUACUUUCACCUUGAAUUUAACAUUGUCUAAUCUCCUGUUUACCUCGGACCUUGGAACUCCCAACAGCGCCAAAUUUAACAACACCCAGACUAUCAUAACCAGCUUGUUGGACACAGUGCUGAAGAAAACCAGCUUGGGAUCUUCUUACUCUGGCUGCCAAAUCAAUGCGUUUAGUGGAGCGAAUAGUGGAGCAGCCACCAAACUUGAUGCCAUCUGCACAUACAACAACAAGACAUUCCCUGUGUUUGACCGGGUGGCCAUAUACAAGGAACUGAGCAACCAGACAAAUGGUGUCACCAACCUUGGAAUCUACAGUCUGGAUCCAAACAGUCUCUACGUUGAUGGUUAUAAUGAAAAGACAUUGACAACUCCUCCUCCAACUACUACAACAAAUAUUCCAUCAGUCAAUACUUUCACCUUGAAUUUAACAUUGUCUAAUCUCCUGUUUACCUCGGACCUUGGAACUCCCAACAGCGCCAAAUUUAACAACACCCAGACUAUCAUAACCAGCUUGUUGGACACAGUGCUGAAGAAAACCAGCUUGGGAUCUUCUUACUCUGGCUGCCAAAUCAAUGCGUUUAGUGGAGCGAAUAGUGGAGCAGCCACCAAACUUGAUGCCAUCUGCACAUACAACAACAAGACAUUCCCUGUGUUUGACCAUGUGGCCAUAUACAAGGAACUGAGCAACCAGACAAAUGGUGUCACCAACCUUGGAAUCUACAGUCUGGACCCAAACAGUCUCUACGUUGAUGGUUAUAAUGAAAAGACACUGACAACUCCUGCUCCAACCACUACAACAAAUAUUCCAUCAGUCAAUACUUUCACCUUGAAUUUAACAUUGUCUAAUCUCCUGUUUACCUCGGACCUUGGAACUCCCAACAGCGCCAAAUUUAACAACACCCAGACUAUCAUAACCAGCUUGUUGGACACAGUGCUGAAGAAAACCAGCUUGGGAUCUUCUUACUCUGGCUGCCAAAUCAAUGUGUUUAGUGGAGCGAAUAGUGGAGCAGCCACCAAACUUGAUGCCAUCUGCACAUACAACAACAAGACAUUCCCUGUGUUUGACCAUGUGGCCAUAUACAAGGAACUGAGCAACCAGACAAAUGGUGUCACCAACCUUGGAAUCUACAGUCUGGACCCAAACAGUCUCUACGUUGAUGGUUAUAAUGAAAAGACACUGACAACUCCUGCUCCAACCACUACAACAAAUAUUCCAUCAGUCAAUACUUUCACCUUGAAUUUAACAUUGUCUAAUCUCCUGUUUACCUCGGACCUUGGAACUCCCAACAGCGCCAAAUUUAACAACACCCAGACUAUCAUAACCAGCUUGUUGGACACAGUGCUGAAGAAAACCAGCUUGGGAUCUUCUUACUCUGGCUGCCAAAUCAAUGCGUUUAGUGGAGUGAAUGGUGGAGUAGCCACCAAACUUAAUGCCAUCUGCACAUACAACAACAAGACAUUCCCUGUUUUUGACCGGGUGGCCAUAUACAAGGAAAUGAGCAACCAGACAAAUGGUGUCACCAACCUUGGAAUCUACAGUCUGGAUCCAAACGGCCUCUAUGUUGAUGGGUAUAAUGAAAAAACAGCAACUACUUCACCUCCAUCGGUGGAACCCCCCAUUGUGGUUGACACCAAUGCUCCUGUGGAAGCCACCAACUCAGAAAAGAUCACAAUCAAUUUCACCAUCACAAAUAUGCCUUACACUGCUACUCUUGGGACAAGUAAUUCAGCAAAGUUUAACUCCACCGCAGCUGCUAUAGUUUUUUUGUUGGACCCAAUCUUCAGGAACAGCUCGGUUAACAGCACGUACACAAAUUGUUAUGUUGACUCCUUUGUGUCUGUUUCACCUGGUACCAAAGUAAACUCCAUCUGUACCUUGAAGAAAAGUACAACAAGCACUCCAUUUGACAGAGUGGCCUUCUACAAAGCGAUAGCGGCACAGACCCAAAGUGUCACCAAACUGGGAACUUAUCAACUGGACAAGAACAGUCUUUAUGUUAAUGGCUAUAAUGAACAAGCAGUUACAACGGUUACACCAUCCACAACAGUGACAACAGUUUCGUUCAUUGUACCUAAGCCAUUUGUUCUUAAUUUCACAAUUACCAACCUCAACUAUAGCUCAAAUUUGGCAAAUAAGAACUCGGAACAAUACAAGGUCAAUGAAAAUCAUCUCAACAACCUGCUGAACAAAGCUUUCAACAAUAGCAGCAUCAGCAAUUUUUUUGUGAACUGCUCUAUUAGUGCAUUCAGGUCAACUCCAAAUGUGCCUUACACCACAGCAGAAUCCGUGUGCAUAUUUAAAGUUGAUACCCUAGCCAAGGGUGUCACACAAAAUGACAUUUUUCUGGCUUUUAAAAAUGUGACAGAAGAGGGCAACUAUUUGGGCAACUACACCUUAGUGCCUAACAGCAUUUUUAUUGACCCUAACAGAGCGGUUGAUUCAACAACUCAGUCUGCAACCGCUACAUCAACUACCACCACCACAACUGCUGUGCCAGUACUAUUAGCUUCAGACUUGAACUUUGGCAUCAAUUACACAAUUGUCAACUAUUUUGUACCUUCGGAUCCCGAAGCACAGCUUAUGUUACAAGCGGAAAUAGAACAAGCGAUGAAUAAGCUGUACCUAAACAGUUCCCUGGCCAGCAAGUUCAAAUUCUGCAAGCUUGCAGCAAUGAGGAAUGGAUCUAUCAUAGCUUCCUGCAACUGCUACUUUGAAGAUGACCCCAUUGUAAACAAGCAGAGUGUUGAAAAAGCGUUUUAUAAUGGGACCACCACUGGACAACUGCUGGGAUCCAAUUUCAUGCUCAAGGAUAUAGUUGUGGCAGAAGUCAUCAAAGACAAUGAUUUGCCAUUCUGGGCCAUCAUCCUAAUUUGCCUGGCUGUCCUUCUUGCCCUUGUGAUACUCUUCCUUGCUAUUUUUGCGCUGUCUUUCUGCUUGAAGAAAAGGAAAGGAAUUUAUGAGAUACCACAGAACAUUUAUGGGACUUAUUUUCCACAUCUGGACAUGCGGAAGCUUUAUUAAGGAGUGUUCAGCCCGAUGCCAAUGUUGUGCCAAAGAAUAAAGACUGCCUAAAAGACUUGAGGGAAUGUUGACAUCAUAGCUUGAAGGGUUUAAAUAAGCAUUGUAUGCAAUUACAUCAUAUUGAAUUAAAUAACUGAAUUCAAGUUUUUUUUUCACUAUGCUUUUUUACGAACAGAUUCUGGAGAUGACUGUUUGAGGUGCAAAGGUUCUAGAUUCAUUGAUAUGUUCUUGUUCUCAGUUUGGAAUCUGGAACCUAGAAAGGAACCUACUACUUUUAUCAACACCAAACCAGAUCACUGACGACUUGGUUUAGAUAACUACAAACCCUUCUAUGACUACUUGCACUAGUUCAAAUUCCCAACAAGAUCUUUUAAAAGAAUAUUUAAUAAUGAAAUCGAAUUAAUGUUUACAAAAAGCAUAUUCAUGUAUAUGGAAUGCACCAGUCAGCUCUGGUCAUUGAUGGUUUGCGGGAUAACUACCUCAGUAUUAGUAGCUCUCAACCAAUGUUUAGCCUUCUCCACUUAUACCUAACAUGGAUAAGAAAAUUAAAAAUUAUAAUAGAUAUAAUAAAUCCAUGGUCAUAAAUAAACUAUUCAUGUGCAGAUUUGCUUCUCUCAUAUAUAUUUUUAGUAUUAUAUUUUACACAUAUAUAAUAUAUCCAAAAUUACAGCAACAGGUUUAAAAACAGGUUGAGAGUUAUGUAUGUACUCAUUUCGCGGUGAUGUGUUAUAUAUGCUGCAGGGUUAAUUUCUAGAAUAUUUCUCACUCUGUAUUAACUAUAAGUGCCUGCAACAGCUGUUUGUAUUUAUUUAUAUCCAUUAAAUCUACAUUAAAUUCAAUGUUAGAAAUAUAUAUUUUUUUAUUUAAUUAGGUAAACACUGAAAUGAUUAUGUACUAGCUAUGUGUGAUAUUUAUAUGUAAAAAA